AUGGCAGCACCGGGGGAGGCGGCGGCGCGCUCGCAUCGGUCGACGUCCCGGGGAGGCUCUCCGAGGCGGAAAGCAGACCUGAAGCUGCUGGAGCCGCCGCUGUCGAGACGCAGAUCCGCCCAGUCGGUCUCUGGAGCAAGCCAGUCGGACGAGCAGAGGUCGGUAUACCAGCGUAUAGGCAGCUCGAGACACGGCCAGUCCUCCAAGAGCUACUCGCCGCACAGCCAGGGAUCGAUACCGCGGACGCAGGGCUCGGGGAAGCUGGCUGUCCGUUCCGUGCCAGCUUGGGUUAAACACGCCGAGGACGAGGAGACGCCGUCGAAAUCACCAUCACAGUCAAGAUCACCGUCACAAUCACAGUCAUUCCCAGUGCCGCCAGGAGACGUCCAUGUUGCCAGCCACCAUUACUCGCCCAAGGCAAAGGACUUUGCAUUUGACAGAGAGUCCCGGAGAGAGAAAGAUAUAGAGCAAGGAGAAGGAGAGUUCUCGGAAAGAAACCGAUUAUACACACAGUAUACGCAGGAGUCCAGAUGGAAGACAUUCACUCGGUCCGUACCGCAGGCCCGAGAGCCGACGCAUCAACAGAACAAGAUAGUCGACGCAGACUGGCUCAACCGGAAUUUUGGCGACUACUCCGACCCAUGGCAGGGGUAUAUCGACGAGAAGGCAGAUGAGAGCGCCCGGCAGUCGGCCACGUUCAUCCAGCGGCGGAAGAUAUGGAUGAAGGGGUUCCAGUACAAGAUCCUACACAGCCCCAUGGUGCCUUUGAUCAUCCGUCUGACCGUCUUCAUCUUCUCGGCCAUCGCCCUCUCGCUGGGCGGAUCAAUUCGACAUCUCUCGACGACACAUAGCCGGCCCCAGGGACCGUCUCCGCUCAUGGCCAUCAUAUUCGAUGCAAUUGCGCUUGUCUACCUGGUCUAUAUCACGUAUGAUGAGUACACGGGCAAACCACUUGGACUGCGGUCAGCCAGCGCAAAGAUACGGCUGAUCUUCCUUGACUUGGUGUUUAUUGUCUUUGCAUCGGCGAAUCUCAGUCUAGCGUUUGCUUCUCUGUCUGAUGUGAAUGGCUCAUGCUCCAGUGGAGAUAUAGAUCUCACCAUCAACCCCAGAAACGACAAGAUCUGUGAUAGACAAAAGGUACUAGCUGCCGUCUUGCUGGUUGUACUGGUUGCCUGGCUCAUGACCUUCAUGAUCAGUGCUCUACGGGUCAUCGAGCGAGUGGCAGCCAAGUAG